AACAUGUCUGGUCGCGGCAAGGGCGGGAAGGGUCUUGGCAAAGGAGGUGCAAAGCGUCACCGCAAGGUGCUGCGCGACAAUAUCCAGGGCAUCACUAAGCCUGCCAUCCGGCGUCUGGCUCGUCGAGGUGGUGUCAAGCGCAUCUCCGGCCUCAUCUACGAGGAGACCCGCGGGGUGCUGAAGGUGUUCCUGGAGAACGUGAUCCGGGACGCGGUGACCUACACAGAGCACGCCAAGCGCAAGACGGUCACGGCUAUGGACGUGGUCUACGCGCUCAAGCGCCAGGGCCGCACCCUCUACGGCUUUGGCGGCUAGAGUUUUAAAUUUCCACUUAACUCAAAGGCCCUUUUCAGGGCCACCC